AGGCGGCGGCCGAGAAGAUGGCGGACGGCGACAGCGGCAGCGAGCGCGGCGGCGGCGGGCCCGGCGGCUUCCAGCCCGCGCCUCGCGGCGGCGGCGAACAGGAGACGCAGGAGCUGGCCUCGAAACGGCUGGACAUCCAGAACAAACGCUUCUACCUGGAUGUGAAGCAGAACGCCAAAGGCCGCUUCCUCAAGAUCGCUGAGGUGGGCGCGGGCGGCUCCAAGAGCCGUCUCACGCUGUCCAUGGCGGUGGCCGCCGAGUUCCGUGACUCGCUGGGAGACUUCAUCGAGCACUACGCGCAGCUGGGCCCCAGCAGCCCCGAGCAGCUGGCAGCGGGCGCCGAGGAGGGCGGCGGGCCGCGGCGCGCGCUCAAGAGCGAGUUCCUGGUGCGCGAGAACCGCAAGUACUACCUGGACCUGAAGGAGAACCAGCGCGGCCGCUUCCUGCGCAUCCGCCAGACGGUCAAUCGCGGCGGCGGCGGCUUCGGCGCGGGGCCCGGGCCCGGCGGCCUACAGAGCGGUCAGACCAUCGCGCUGCCCGCACAGGGCCUCAUCGAGUUCCGCGACGCGCUGGCCAAGCUCAUCGACGACUACGGCGGUGAGGAGGACGAGCUGACCGGAGGUCCGGGGGGCGGCGUCGGCGGCCCCGGGGGCGGCCUAUAUGGGGAGCUCCCGGAGGGCACCUCCAUCACGGUGGACUCCAAGCGCUUCUUCUUCGACGUGGGCUGCAACAAGUACGGGGUGUUUCUGCGUGUGAGCGAGGUGAAGCCGUCUUACCGCAACGCCAUCACCGUGCCCUUCAAGGCCUGGGGCAAGUUCGGAGGCGCCUUUUGCCGGUAUGCGGAUGAGAUGAAAGAAAUCCAGGAGCGACAGAGGGAUAAGCUUUAUGAGCGCCGUGGUGGGGGCAGCGGCGGCGGCGACGAGUCCGAGGGUGAGGAGGUGGAUGAGGAUUGAAAUGGGCAGCUUCCCCUACUGGCCUCCCCUACCCCACCACCAUCCCCUUGGCUAGAAAGUUCCCUUUUCUGCUCACCUCCAGUGAGUUAGUGCAGAAGGGAACAAGGGAGGCUGCAAAGGGAGAAAGCAAAAUAAAAAAUAAUAUAGUUAAGAAAAAUAACCGUAAAAGAACAGUCACGGACAAUUAGAGAAAAGCAGUAAAGUUCCAAGGAACUGACAGCAACCUGCAAAGAGAGGACAACAGCGUCUCCUCACCCGCGCGAAAGUCUCAGCUUCUGUUGUUUCCCAACCGAGGUUCCUAAAGCCAUCAGGAUAACCCUGGAAGGGAUAGAUCUUCAAACGUCUGGGCCCAAAACACGUCUGAGUCACCCAGACCCACCCAUUGAUAAAGUUAAGUUUGUGUUGUACCUGGGUAAUCUAAAGGUCUCUCCAGGCCUCACUAUUGCAGUAUCUAUCCCUUCACAUCCAUUGAAAUCAGCGUUUUGGAUCUAGAUCUUAAUGGAAUCCUUGAGAAGAAAGGCCUUUGCAUUUACCCAGUUCUGAGGGUACAGGUUUAUGAAAAGGAAUGCAACUUCACAUAAUCAUGGACAGGGCAAAAGAAUUAAAGAAGCCAUUGGAGAAUAUAGAAACAAAUUGGAUCCAUUUUUUAAAAAAUGGUUUUGCAUGGAACCUGGACCAAGGCCCAUGUCUUUUCUUUGCAGAAUUGUUUUCCGGGAUGCAGAUAAAUUCUGAUAUCAAUGCUUGAACUAGAAUCCAUUACUAAAAUAGUUUAAAAGUUUGCAAAUUUUUUAAAAAUAAAAAUUUUACAUUGGGGAUUGCUGAGGUAGGCACAAGAAGUCAGGCAUAAAGCACAAGGCAAACUGUUUGAGUGGAUUGGUUGCUGCUCACUAAAGUUCUUCCCUUGAUCUCUAAGUAUGGAGGUCAUUACCAAGAAAUGGCUUAGGUAUGAAUGAGAGCCAGAUCCCUAUGGCUCCCAUAUGAGCCAGUGAAUUAUGGCUAAUUCGGCUGUUACAGCCACUGGUUGGCUGCAUUUUAAACCGUAAAACUUGACAAAUACCUGUUAAAGGAACAGUGUGGCUACAAGCCUGAGCUUUAAUGGAAUAUACAUCCUCACAGAAAAGUUGGAAAUAACCAAAACUGAAGUCUUAAUUUACCUUCAGUUUAAUCUGUGGAUUUGUUCGAUACUAAAGAUCCUCAGGUCCAGAAUUCCAGCAUCAUUUAUUUUAAAAUAAAAUUUUAAGAACUUGAUCCAUUGUAUCAGUACCUCACAAUCAAAGUUGGCAAAUGAUGGAUGAAUGAUUCAAGCAGUGCUCCCGGUGGAAGCUGAAAUCCAUCUGUGAAUGGAACUGAAGUGAACGUGAAUAAGCUGACUUUAUCCUGGAAGCAUUUUUAUACCAUCUUGAAAUUUCAACAAACUGGCUUUUGCCAGUUUAUCCAGCUGUCUUUCAAGAAUAAAAGUUGGGGUUUUCAAGGA